AGCCACGGUGCUCAUGACGAGUCAAAGUAGAGUCAUGGAGCGACCCGAGCUUCGUGCUGCUCUUGCCGGGGCCGCCAUGAUCGCGAGCCAACUUGGAGAUGCUCCAGCCUUCCUCUCGGCCGCCCGGCCUGCCCACGUUGGGGCCAUGGGAACCACGGCUGCCACGGCUGCCACGCCUGCCACGGCUGUCCCAGCCAGUGGGGGGACGGCCACGGCCACCCGCUGGGGAAUGGGUCUGGCCACGGCUGGCCUCUGCGUCGCCCGUGCCGGGCGCCGGGCACGCCGCGUGCCACGGCGUGCAGGGCCCGAAAUGGUGGAAUUUCUGCAGCAUGCCCAGGCACAGAUGGGGCAGAUGGGAGAAGCCAACUUUCUGCAGCAAGUGCAGGAGUUUUGCCAACAGGCAAAUUUGGCCACAGGAGAUCACUCAGUUCCUGCUGAGGUUGCUGCAACGUUGCAGCAGUGGGCAGAUGGUCUGUCGGAAAAUGCGGGUCGUUUGGCCCAUGAGAUCGUGCCACCGGCCUAUGCAGCAGAUUUGCCGCCUGUGGAAUUAGAUCCCAACACCACCUACCUCUAUGGUCCGGAUGGCGCAGUCUUGGUGGAUCCCAUGAACAACAAGCCCAUCACGGAUGACUGGUGGAACGGCUUCAUUGGAUUCCAAGCAAGUCUCAUCAAAGGCAUUGAUGCCAUCUUGCGUGAGAAUGGCGUGGAACAAGCCUUCGGCUGGACCAUCGUUUUGUACACCGCCUUCAUCAAGCUCUUGUUCUUCCCCUUGCAGCAGGGCCAGCUUAAGAGCACCUCUAUGAUGCAGUUGCUGCAGCCCAAAGUGAAGGAGAUCCAAGAGAGAUACAAGGACGAUCCGGACACGCAGCAACGACUUUUGGGACAACUCUACUCCGUAAUGGACGUCAACCCGUUGGGUGGCUGCUUGCCCGUCUUGCUUCAGUUGCCCAUCUUUUGGAGUUUGUAUGGUUGCUGGCGCCGUCUGGCGGCGGAGAAGUUUCCCCACUACACAGAGGGCUGGCUCUGGGUGCCUUCGCUGGCGCAACCCAACCCGGAUUUCCAGUUUAAGUUUGAUUGGCUCCUGCAGUGGAAAGAUGGUCAACCUGAGAUGGGAUGGUCGGACUACCUGGCGUAUUUGGUCUUUCCCGCGAUUUUGGUUGGCUCCACUAUCAUCCAGCAGCAACAGGCAUCGAGCAGCAGACCCAAAUCUGGGAACGAAGACGAUCCUCAGAACGUCAUGCUGCAGGUUCUGCCUUGGAUCUCCGUGUAUUUCAUUGGCAGCUUGUCACUGGAAUUGCCACAGGCUGUUUCUGUGUACUACUCGAUGAACACAGCCUUUUCGGUGGCACAGACACAAGUAGUGAAGUGGGGCCUCCGAAAGGAAAUUGCUGGUUAUGAGGAGUUUGAGAGGACAGGGAAAUUCCCUGACGGUGCCUUCGAAGAUAUGGUGAGGCAAGCUCAGGCUCCCCCAACGACCUUGCAUGAGGCUGCCUUGCGCGGAGAUGUGCAAUAUAUUGAGGAGAUGCUGGCAGAGCCGGAAGCUGACAUCAACAAGUGGGACGAGAAGCAGAUCGCGCCUAUAGGCUACGCAGUGGCUUGUGGCAACCUCGACGCAGUGAAACUCCUGCUGGAGCGAGGUGCGGAUGUCACUGUGAAAGAUGGCCAGGACAACACAUUCUUGCAUUACGCUGCUGGCUAUGGCCAGAUGGAAAUUCUCAAGGUUCUGCUGGAUGCUGUGGAGAAGGAGUGGCCGGACAAUACUUGGAACAACUUUCGAAACCGUAAGGGUCAGGAUGUGGUAGAUGCGGCUCGAGUCAACCGAAAGGGCCAGGUUGUUGACUUCCUUUGCGAACGCCUGGGUAUUGAGGUCGAGACCGUGAAGUUGCCGGCACCUGCUGCACCAGCGGGCAGCGCGGAUUCUUCCGAGGCUGCACGAGCGCGUGCUGCACUAUUGGCCGCCGCAGGGGCUGAGCAGGCACCAGACGCGUCUGCCGCAGCGCCGCAGGCUGGCAAUGCCUCUGCCAUGAGAGCCGCCCUGGACAAACUGAAAUCCAACCCAGAGGCAGUGGAACAAGCUAAGAAGAUGAUGGGCAACAUGCCACCGCAGAUGCUGCAGAUGCUAACGGGAGGCAAAGUUUCAGAAGAGCAGGCCAAGAAGGCCAUGGACGCCAUCGCAGACAUGAGCUCAGAGGAGCUGCUCGAAAGGGCAGACAUGGUCUCAAACAAGAUGGCCAAAGAAACCGUGCCUCCCGCAGAAGCACCGCCUAACGCGAAACCUGCUCGCUCUGUGGAUUGAGG